AUGCUCUAUAGACUUUCGAAGCUUAGUUUUGAUCGUUAUUCAAUUGAAAUGCUUGAUGAAUUCUAUAUUCUCGGUAAUGAAGCUUGUCAGUUAUAUGUUCUCCAUUGGCCAAAUUUAUCCCAAAACCGUCCUAGUUUGUUUGAUAUGAGGGUGAUAGGAUUUGAAUCCGAUGUCGAUAGUGAGGAUGACCUAAUCUAUGGCGCUUCUAACGCCAAUGACCCUUAUGAGAAUCAAGCACUGCAUUUCCAUGCUACAGAUCAUGACAUUGCAAUUAUUCGUGAUUUGGCCGAACCAUGUGAAUUGUAUCUACGUGCUCAUAGCCUUCCUGAUCUUCGUCUUGAUCUCCCUGGAUCCUCUGUUGCUCGACAGCAUACUAACGAUGAUAGCUCAUACUCACAGAUGGUUUACAAAUACUCAGUGAUUUGUAACUUGCUUCAGCUUCCAUUCUCCUUUAGGCACUCCCAUUGUCAUUUCCCGAAAAGCAUGCAUUUCUAUCUCCCUACAACCUGGCAGUGUACUGACAUAGACGAUCUUAAAAUGGCUAUCUUCGAUUCUCUAAAUUCGCACAACUAUUUCGAUCACUUUACCAAUUUCAAUGGUGAUCGGAUCUUGUGCUUCUCCUACAUUCCUCCUGAAUUAAUCGGGCAUGAUCUCAGUAGUAUGGAUCUGGAGAAGUACUGGAGACAGCGCUACCGUUUCUUCAGGCUCUUCGAUGAGGGUAUUCACAUCGAUCGCGAAGGCCUAUUCAGUGUCACUCCUGAAGUGCUAGCAAUUCAUCAUGCUCGGCGAUUGCUUAGACUGACACCAGAAAAGAAAUCCCCCGUUGCUCUUGAUCUUUUCACCGGGGUAGGAGGCAGCUGUAUCCAAUUAGCGUUGGCCGGAUUCAAAGUGGUAACGGUGGAUUUUAGCAAACAAAUGAUAGAAAUGGCAAGAAAGAACGCAGAAGUUUAUGGAGUCGCUGACAAAAUUGAGUUCAUUUGUUCCGAUGCCUUCAAAUUCCUCCGUGAAAACAAGGAUCGAUAUGAUGCCAUUCUCGCUUCACCACCUUGGGGUGGUCCAGAGUACUCUCAGCACACCUUCUCUCUCGCUAAUGCUAAAAUAUCUGGUCAGUUGAACAUCUUCCACCUAGUAGAGGCUAUCGCUUCGAAAAUUCGCUCGGGAGGGCCUGUGGCUCUUUAUUUGCCUCGAAAUACCAAUGCAGAGAAAUUGAAGGCUCCUUCAACUGAAUUUAUGAAGAGUGACCUUCGUUACAGAAUGUUGGAAAGCGUUCGUUUUGAACGAACUAAUCUAGUUUUCACUUUAUUAGGAUCAGUUGUGAGCAGUAUAAUCGAUCAUUCUGUUCACUCUCAACUAUUUGAUCUCCAUCAGCGUUUCAUAGCUGCCGAUCCCCUAGACGUGGCUCCCUGCAUGGAAUGUGAAAUGGAUAUCAUCAAUUUCAAGGCGAAAGCCAUGACUGUCUAUCUCCAUUUCGGGGAGAAUGAAGGUGAUGUAGGUGAAGAUUCCACUUUUGAACCCACUCCCAUAAAAGAAGCUCCAAAAGAGGUAUGGGAGAAAGAAGAUAUGAGCUAUGUUGAAGAAUCCGUAAUUGAUACUGCUAUCUCAACAGCAGACUCGAUGUGGUCGAACUUUCGGAAGUAUUUUGCUUGUACAAUUUCAUAG